GGAACGCCCGCGUCCCUCUUCCGGACGCGGAGAGCGCGCGGGGUGCAGGCGCCGCCGGUUAAAGUGCCGAGGAGCAGGGGCCGGGCCAGGCCGCCCGCUCCGGGCCUCGACUGUCCGGCCCUCGUCCGAGCCGUCCCGGAAAAUCACAAAUAGUGAGUGGGCCAGCCUCGGUCACAGAGUGCACUGUAUCCUGUCCCUUCUGGAUGUGAGGGAGAACUGAGUCAUCUCAUUCCCCUCCGUGGAUCAGAGGACUUGGACUAGAUAGAAGCAUGUGGUGUCUCCUACGAGGCCUGAGCCGGCCUGGAGCCCUGGCAUGGGGAGCCAUGGGGCGGCAGCAACCCCCCGGUACCCGGACCCUGGCCAGCACGGGCUCCGAGAUCCGGGACGAGUACAGCUACGUGGUGGUGGGUGCGGGCUCGGCGGGCUGCGUGCUGGCCGGGAGGCUCACGGAGGACCCUGCCGAGCGCGUGCUGCUGCUGGAGGCGGGGCCCAAGGACCUGCGCGUAGGGAGCAAGCGGCUCUCGUGGAAGAUCCACAUGCCCGCGGCCUUGGUGGCCAACCUGUGUGACGACAGGUACAACUGGUGCUACCACACGGAGGCGCAGCCGGGCCUGGACGGGCGCGUGCUGUACUGGCCGCGCGGCCGCGUCUGGGGAGGCUCCUCGUCCCUCAACGCCAUGGUCUACGUCCGUGGGCACGCCGAGGACUACGAGCGCUGGCAGCGCCAGGGCGCCCUCGGCUGGGACUAUGCGCACUGCCUGCCCUACUUCCGCAAGGCGCAGGGCCACGAGCUGGGCGCCAACCUGUACCGGGGCGCCGAUGGUCCGCUGCGGGUGUCCCGGGGCAAGACCAACCACCCGCUGCACCGUGCGUUCCUGGAGGCCACGCAGCAGGCUGGCUACCCGCUCACGGAGGACAUGAACGGCUUCCAGCAGGAGGGCUUCGGCUGGAUGGACAUGACCAUCCAUGAAGGCAAACGGUGGAGCACGGCCUGUGCCUACCUGCACCCAGCACUGAGCCGCACCAACCUCAAGGCCGAGGCCCAGACGCUUGUGAGCAGGGUGCUAUUUGAGGGCACCCGUGCAGUGGGUGUGGACUAUGUCAAGAAUGGGCAGAGCUGCAGGGCUUAUGCCAGUAAGGAGGUGAUUCUGAGUGGAGGUGCCAUCAACUCUCCACAGCUGCUCAUGCUCUCAGGUGUCGGGAAUGCUGACGACCUCAAGAAACUGGGCAUCCCUGUGGUAUGCCACCUGCCUGGGGUUGGCCAGAACCUGCAAGACCACCUGGAGAUCUACAUUCAGCAGGCAUGCACCCACCCCAUCACCCUCCAUUCAGCACAGAAACCCCUACGGAAGGCCCGCAUUGGUCUGGAGUGGCUCUGGAAAUUCACAGGGGAGGGAGCCACUGCCCAUCUGGAAACAGGAAGGAAGAUGCUCUCAUUCUCCAAGGCAGCAUUCUCCCUGGUGCCACAUGGCUGCAGAGUUGGGGGCAUAGAGGCCUGUCCCCUGCCUUCCAGCUGUCCAGCAUGUCUGGGUCGGGAGAGGAGAGCAGGGAGGGAGACCAGCAAGUCACUCUUUGUGGUACACGUGGGGACCAUGCGGGGCACGAGUGUGGGCUGGCUCAAACUGAGAAGUGCCAAUCCCCAAGACCACCCUGUGAUCCAGCCCAACUACUUGUCAACAGAAACUGAUGUCGAGGAUUUCCGUCUGUGUGUGAAGCUCACCAGAGAAAUUUUCGCACAGGAAGCCUUGGCUCCAUUCCGAGGGAAAGAACUCCAGCCUGGAAGCCAUGUUCAGUCAGAUAAAGAGAUAGAUGCCUUUGUGCGGGCAAAAGCCGACAGUGCCUACCACCCCUCGUGCACCUGUAAGAUGGGCCAGCCAUCUGAUCCCACUGCUGUGGUGGAUCCGCAGACAAGGGUCCUCGGGGUGGAAAACCUCAGGGUUGUCGAUGCCUCCAUCAUGCCCAGCCUGGUCAGCGGCAACCUGAAUGCCCCCACCAUCAUGAUUGCAGAGAAGGCAGCUGACAUUAUCAGAGGGCGGCCUGCACUCUGGGACAAAGAUGUCCCUGUCUACAAGCCCAGGACACUGGCCACCCAGCGCUAAGACAGUUGCUGCUGGAGGAUGACUGGGGAAGCCCCCUGAUGAGCCAAGAGCGCCAGCACAGCCCUUGCUCCCAGGCUCCUUCCAGAAACUGUCUAGCACUAGAAUCCAGGUGGCUGAGAAUGGCUACUUAUCAUACCUGUCCUUUUAUCCCUACUCAGUAGCUGAGAAUGGGAUAAACUCUUGGGAAAUGAGACAAAUACUGGGCAGUGGAUCAAGCUCCUUUUCCCCAGACUUUCCCUGUGGGCCGCUGGGGAAGGCCAGCAUUCAGGCUGAGAUGCUCCUCCCUGCCUCCUGGAGGGACAGCAGGGGAGGAGGGUUAACUCCUGCCGCAUCCUUUGUCUUGUGUUCACUUGGCGUUCUCUAACCCAGGGGAGUGGUUCCUUCCCAGGGCGUGCACAGAAGCUGGGUGCCAGCCAGAUAGCACAGGUUCACCAAGGAAGAGGCAUCCUCCUCCUUGAGCUGCAAGCUUUAGCUGAGGCAAAGAGUCACACAGUAGUUAGUUCAGCCUGGGCUGGCACAUAAGUCCCCAGUGUCCCUGAUCAGAGGGGAAAGUUACCUGCUGGUAGAAAAACUGACUUUCCCUUUCUCUCUUCCUAAUUUCACUCUUAGAGUCAGGCAGGUAACUGGGGCUCAGCUGGGUCACUCUGAGAGAGUUGUGGCCCACCUCUCUGAAUCUCUGGUUCUUAUUAAACCAGGGCCAGGUAUAGUGGCUCACACCUAUAAUCCCAGCACUUUGGGAAGAUCACUUGAGCUCAGGAGUUCAAAACCAGCCUUGGCAACAUAGUGAGACCCUGUCUCUGGAAAAAAAAAAAAAAAAAAUAGCUGGGCAUACUGGUAUACACCUAUAGUCCCAGCUUCUUGGGAGGCUGAGGCGGGAGGACAGCUUGAGCCCAGGAGUUCGAGGCUCUUGUGAACCCUGAUCGCACCACUGCACUCCAGCCUGGGUAAGAGUGAGACCCUGUCUCAAAAAAAAAAAAAAAAAAAAAACUUCUGAGAUUUUUUGGACCUUAUUUAAGGAGACAGAAGUCUGGAGGGAAUGUCACUUGGCUUCACUACCAAAGGUUUCAUGACUUCUUAGCAUUUUAAAAGGUUUUCCUUUUAUCAAGAAAUGCAGAAACCCAGAGCAAACCCCACAUACCAGAUCACUGCUUCCUACUGAAGCAGCUAGUCUGAGAAAGGACUCUCCCAUAUUGGGCUUGGGAAAUGAGUUGGCAGCCUGAGCUGCCCCAACAGUGGACAAGGCUGGUUAAUUCUUAUUCUCUAGACGUCCACAGGAGCAGACCAGGAUCGAAAACACGGUUAAGCGCAGUUAAGUACAGCCCCUGUUCCUGUAGAAAUGCCACUGAAAGAAAAAUUCAAGAUUGGAGUUUUGUAGGAAAAAAAGACACAAGUAGCAUUUACAACAACUCUUUGCUCUUUAAAUUUCUUACCAUUCAAUAAAGUAAUCCAGUCACUUA